AUAAAAAAAUUAUCCAAUGCAUUUAAUGAUGAGAUGGAUUUAUUUGUUAAAUAUUAUUAUUAGAUGAUAAAUGGUAGAAAAUUAGGUAGAAAAAAUUGUUUAUUUAAAAGAACUGUUGAUUAAUCAAAGCUUAAUACGUGAUAAUAAAAAACGCACGUGGGUAGAGCAAGGUUAGAUGAUAAAUGUUAUCAAAAAUGAUGAAUCCUGAUGCUGCAAAAUCUUACAUCCAAGCCACCAAAAAAGUUCAAACUAAAGCUUUAGAUUCCAAAGAAACUAAAACAAGCAACUCCAAGACUGCUGAGGUUGAUGAAAAUAAAGUUGCUGUUAACUCUAAUUGGGAAAAGUUUAAAAACACUGUUAAUAAGCCAGCUGGUACUUCUAAAACUCCGCCCAAGAGACCGUUCAAAGGAUCUUCUAAAGCUGCACAGAGUGGCAAGAAAUCCAGAGCUUUGCAAUUAAAUGGACAUGGUGAAAACAAAACUGGAGACUCAACUUACUCUAGAGCGACUAUGGAUCUUGAGAACAAGACACUUACAAAGCACGUAGCGAUGGACUGUGAAAUGGUGGGCAUUGGUGAUGGUACCGAAAGUAUGUUAGCUCGGGUAUCAGUAGUAAAUCGUUAUGGAGCUUGUAUCUAUGAUAAAUACGUAAAACCCAGAGAAACAGUACGUGAUUACAGGACAGCUGUCAGUGGAAUCCGUCCUCAUAAUCUUCAAAAUGGCGAAGAUUUUUCAAUGGUACAAAAUGAAGUUGCAGAAAUAUUGAAAGGACGUAUUUUAGUUGGUCAUGCAUUAAAAAAUGAUCUUGCUGUGCUCUUUUUAUCUCACCCAAAAAGAUACUUACGUGAUACGUCACGAUACAAUUUGUUCAGGCGUGUCUCCAAGGGUAACACUCCGAGUCUGAAAAAAUUAGCGGCUGAAUUGUUAGGUAUUGAUAUCCAGACAGGAGAACAUAAUUCUGUUGAAGAUGCAAGAAUCGCUAUGGAGCUUUAUGUUUUAUACAAAAAUCGCUGGGAGUCUGACAUUCGUCAUUGACAAAUUAAAUUCCAUUAAAGAUACAAGAAUUACCAUGGAAAUUAAUAUUUAGUACAAAAGUCGCCGAGAAUCAGAUAUUUUUCAUUAACAAAUUACAUUUAUUAAUUAAUGUGUGUCCUUUCAAUUUCAUUUUUUGUUUUUUUCAUUUCAAGUUUGAGUUUAAAUGAAAGUAUUUUCUGGAUUACUUAAUACGUUUAUUUGCUUAACAUAACAAUAAGUAAAAUUAUUCUAAUAACUGUAUAUAGUCUAUAUAAUUAGUUAAGGUAUGCGGAAA